AUGGAGGGGCUGGUCCUGUUCAACGCCCUGGUCACCCGGCUGCUGUUCUUCCUGCACUCGCUGGUUGGGGUCUGGCGGGUGGCCGAGGUCAAGAAGGAGCCGAGGUACUGGCUGCUCGCGCUGCUCAACCUCCUGCUCUUUCUGGAGACGGCGCUCACCCUCAAGUUCAAGCGCGGCAGAGGCUACAAAUGGUUUUCACCAGCUAUAUUUGUAUAUCUGAUUAACAUCGUUCCAUCACUAUGGAUUCUUGAAGUGCAACAUGGCAACCAGUAUUGUAGUAGCCAAUCUGAAGGCAUGUCACAGAACACCAGCAGCAGCAAAGAAGACUUCAAUCAAACUCUGAUGUCAAGUGAACAAACCCGUGGAGGGGAUAAUCUCAUUGAGACGGCCAAAGUUUUUGUAAAUAACUUAUCUACAGUAUGUGAGAAAAACUGGACUUUGGGACUCCAUCAGACAUUCUUGUUAAUGCUGAUAAUUGGAAGAUGGCUUCUACCUAUUGGAGGCACGAUCACUCGGGACCAACUCUCUGAACUUCUCCUUAUGUUUGUGGGGACAGCUGCUGACAUACUGGAAUUCACAAGUGAGACCUUGGCAGAAAAUAGUGUGAGGAAUAACCCUUCCCUAGUCUAUGCCAUCCUUUGUAUAUGGACCUGGAGCAUGCUGCAGUUUCCACUUGACCUAGCAGUACAGCAUUUCGUGUGCCCCAUGCCUGUGACAGCGAGGGGGUUCCCCAGACUGUUUUUCUGCCAGUACAGUGCCGACCUGUGGAACAUUGGAAUCAGUGUCUUCAUACAAGACGGUCCCUUCCUCCUUGUGCGUCUCGUACUGAUGACCUAUUUCAAGGUUAUCAACCAGAUGCUGGUGUUCUUUGCUGUGAAGAAUUUCCUUGUGGUGAUAUUACACCUGUACCGCCUGGUUGUCCUGGCGCUGGGCGUCCGUGCCUCCUUGCGAAGGCAGCCACAGGUCCCGAAAGGAGAGCGCGGUGGCCCAGCUGAGCCUGCUGAGAGUGAGGUCUCACCUGGGGACUGGGAGAGUGGCUCUAAGGAGGGCUUGGCUAUACCUUUGCGAACCUCACCAGGCACCUCGGAUGACUCUCACCCCACCCCGUAGUUAUUUAUUGACAGCCGCGUGCAACUGAAAUAUUUAACUUUCCAGUUCUUCUUACAAACAGAAUUUCCCCCUCUCUUGCAUAUAAUAAUUUCCAAAAGAACAACAAAAAAGUGGCCUUAAACCUGUCAAAAUAAUAUAAAUGGAGCCACUUUAAAUGGAGCCGGAGAAACUGCCUCGCAUGUCUUAUGCCUCACACUUCGGGACGUUAAAACGGCAGAACAGCCUUUGGACUGGGCCUAAAGCAACCAGGUGUCCCAAGGAAGCAGUUUGCCAGGAUAACAAAGUAGGUAUUGUGACGACCGACUGAUGGUACCUGAGCAAAAAUCAACAACAUUGUUUAGAAUUAGCGUCACUAUAUUAUGUUAUCUGCCCCAAUAGAAAUGCCUUCCUUUUAUUUAUGUAGUUGUUCCCCUUUCCUUUCUCGUAAAUGCCCUUUGCCUUUGUCUCCUAAUCAGAGCACCCUUUGGGUCUCUGCCUGAAUCAGCGCAUUCUGAAUACCUGUUUUUAUUGAUCUCAAAUACAUGCUUGUUGCCUUUCACUUUGAAAGGCCUUUUACUUUUAGGUUAUCAAACCAAAGCUGAGACUUUUUUUUAAACUGGAUGGAUGGAAAGAACUUUGAUUAGUGGCUAUUGUUACAACUUCUGUGUGAUGGUAUCAGAUGUUACAGUUGUUCAACAACUAAGUGAUUUGUUUGUCUUGAACUGUUUGACAAGCUAUGGACAGGGUUACAAUGACAUUCCCGGGAGAGAGAUUUAGUGCAGACAAACCAUCCGGGCUGUUACCUGAAAACAGAGAAGCUUUGAACUUUGGCUCCAUUGUCAGACUAUCUCAUCUGAUCUCUUCUGCAAUGUCCCUCUGACAUUUAAAAAAAAAAAAGUACAUUCAGUGAAUGCAGAAUAAAGGGAAAUGUGCCUUUAAAAUUACCUCACUGGGGGCUAGAGACAGCGCAAAUCUCUGCGGCGCUUCCAUCGCAUUGAGAGCCCUCUUCACUGCUGCACAGGCCUUCCCGGGAAAAUCAUUUUUCUGGGCUGAUGUGGACUUCUGUCAUGGCACAUAUGCUCUUACAGAAGUUUUAUGGCUUUUGGCUUGGGCGCUGCAAAAUUCACAGCAAGCCAUUUCAGCUCCACAUCCACCGGUGGCGAGGCAGGAAAUACCGGUAACGCUGGCGAAGUCACAGUUUCCACUCGGAACGUGAUUUGCGGUAUUUGUCAGCGUUUCUGUUAAGUGCACUUCGCCGUUUUCUGUCCGGCCAAGUCGCAUUCUGGGGGUCGAUGCGAGGAAGCGCUGAAGCAGUGAGCAAGGGGGUUUCGGGCCCUUUAAGGGUUCCCGGUGUCUGCCAGCUGUCGUCGGAGCUCUUCUGCACUGUCACCGCUGGAGAUGGCCUUGGUCUCAGGAAGGAUAUUGGUGACAGAGGCUUGCACCAGCCUGAGCAUGGCCAGUGGCCCUGGAUGAGUGACAGGGAUCAGAAGACGCAUGGCACAGCAUUGUGGAAACAGGGACGCUCGCCUUUCUUCCCCGUGUUAAGAGCUCACUUUCCCAGGAUCGAGACUCACACUUUUCUUUUAUUCACCCCUGUGCUUUCCAGGUGGAGGUGACUCAAGACCUUUUGAAACAAAUUUUACUUUUAAAAAUAUAGUGUGCAAUUUUACCUGGCUAUCUCACAGUAAUUAUAUGAGGCAAACAGUUCCAAAGACGUUCUUUCGGGGUUAAAAGCAGGAACACUCAGGAACGUUAUUACGCUCAGGAACUCACAGACAUUUAAAUAAGGUAGGGUAUGACCUUAAAUUGGGUGUGACUGAUUGACAGUUAAUUGGGACAAUUUCAUCUAUGAAUUCGUGUGACAUGAUAUCUGUUCAAAACAUUUGAUGAAAAGUUUCAUAGGCAAAUUCUGUUUUUACACAGAGAAAUUAAUAAUUUCCAAUUAAUGGCUUCUCCAGUGCCCGAUAUCAUUUUCUAUUUCUUUCUUUUCUGCCAUGUGUUUCUAAUUUUAACAAUAUGAUAGCAAUAUUACACAUGGAGCUAAUGGAACCCAUUUAUAAUUUUACAUAAUAAUUUUAUGAAAGAUCAGGAAAUCGUAUCUAUCUAAAGGAAGAAACUUGACAACUUUUAAGGGUAUGUUAUUUAAAAUGCUUCGCAACUGAAAGCAAAAUAAUAGCUACUAUUUAUAAAAGCGCCUCGGCAGAAUCUGUUUUUAUGUUGACUGUUUUAUGGUGAAUGUUUUCCUCCACGACAUGUAUGUGCUACUUAUUACUGCAGAUUUGCUCAUGGCAUACUUUUCAUGUUUUAAUUUUUUUUUUCCAGCAAAACAAACAUUGGGCCUCUAAAAAUAGAUGAGUAUAAAGUAAUACGGGCUGUUGCAAGGAUAUUUUUAAAUGCUUUCAAAUCUGAGACUUGGCUUAGCUUUGUGAAUGAGUUUCUAGCUUUUAAGUAAAGUAUUUUGUAAUUAACACUCCUCAGAAGGCCUGAGAAAUAGAAAAUACAGAGUCUAGCUUCAUUUAGGGUUCCAAGAAGGCAAAUAGCACCCAGGGCCAUCUCAGCAAUUAAUGGUGAAAAAAUAGGAACAUACCCUGGCAACAUUUUCCAGGAAAAUCUGCUAAGGGCAUCAUUUGUUCACCUACCUGCCAGUCCUCUCUCUCACUCUUUUGAACUUGCUGUUUUUGUUGCAGAAAGAAAAUCUAUAUUCAUUUAGUUUAUUUAUAAAUAAAAUGUAAGUCCAGGUUGUAUCCCUAGGACCCUCAUGAAAAGUUGAAAAUGUAUUGUUACUGUACUUUUUUAUUGUAGGUUGCUAAACAUGGUAAUGUUUGAAACAUUAAACUAUUUGCUAUAAAGUGGUUAGGAUAACAGUUACCUCCCAUAUGUUGACAUCCUAGGACUUGUGUCUAUUUAAUUUGCAAUAAGAUAAGUGACUCAGAUCAUCUGUAUACUGUGAUCCAGGCCAAAACUCUGUGCCACCCUUAUAGACACAUGCCACUCCUCGACCAUGGAAGAACGUGGCUUAUUUGUUAUUAUUGCUGUAUUUUGAUUGCUUGAUUAAAGCUCAAUCAGAUGUCCUCCCUGAAAACAUAGUUUACUUUUGAGAAAACACAGUGUGCAUGUUUGAAUGAUGCUGUGCAAAAACUCACCUUGUAACCACCUUGUGAGUGGCCCUUCCCCUCCCUAGAUGAGUCUCAGGGGACCUGACUCGGCAUCACAGGAUUAGUAACCUGCCUUUGUCUUUGAUGAUAUUGUUAAUUUUUAGUUACUCUGGUACAGAUAACAUAUGAAAAUAAAAACCUGUGUUGGCAAUAACAUUCUUUUAAAUCUUCCAAAUUGAACCUUAUUAUACAAGGGUAUCAAUUGGCUCUGCUGCCGUUCCACUAACAUGUAACUGCACUUCAGUACUUAUAGACCAGAAAGACAGGCCCAAGAAAUAUCAGGAUUCACUAUUAUAAUGUUAAUUGUUAGUGUAAUAGCAACUUUUCAAAGCCCUGGGAAGGCUUGCAUUGUAGUUUGCAUGUUUUAGGAUUUCCGCAGAGGUUUCAGAGCUCAGCUCUGACCUGUAUUAUCUUUGGCACUUAAUCUCGAUGACUCUCAGUCAACUCUCCUGUUAAAAAAAAGAAAUGCAAGAGGCCAAGUCUCCAUCCACUUUCACUCUACUCUACUGCCAGGAAAGUGAGAUACUGAAAUAUCGCAGAGCCUCAGAGAAGUAAGUGAAAACCAAACAACCUUGAGUUACUGGAAGAGAUUGUUACUCUUUUCCUAAUUUCAGACUUUGCUUUUUCACUUAGAGGACAUUCUGAUCCACUCUCAGAAACAUCUGAUUUGGGGUUAAACUGGGCAGCUGGAGGAUGUUUAUAGCUCUGAGGCUUCGAAUAACGUUCCAUAUGAUGGGAGUAACUAAACAAUGUUUGAAUAAUCAACCGCCACAGCCUUGUAUUUUAUGGGUGUCCAGCCUCUGAAUAUUUUAUAUGAAUAUUUUCUUUGAAUUACUCAUAUUUAUACUAUUUUGCUAUGAAUGACAUUUGUAUUUUAUUAUGUAUACAUUAAAUAGUUUGUUUACAACUUUA